AUGUGGGCCUUGGUCGCGUCACAUCCCCAAGCGAGCAGGAGGAUUCCACCCACCUUUCUUUUCAUCCUCCAUUCGCCGCCGAGCGCCACCAUGGCGUCGCCGCCGACCGCCGCCGCCGCGCUCCGGCGCCCGGGCGCCCACGUGGGCCGCGUCCCCGUCCCGCGCCACUCCGGCGCCCCCUGCCUCCGCGCCGCCCUCCCGUUCAGGUUAGGCGUGCUGUCGUCGAGGAAGUGCCGUGCGGUCGUGUCGGCCACAAGGAGACCUGGUUUGGGCAAUGCAGGGAACCUGCGCGAGGGUUCGAACGUGGCUAAGAACUGGGAUUUGGGCAGACAGAUUGGCGAUGAGCACGGUGUUCUUAUAGAAUGCAGGGAUGUGCACAAGUCCUUUGGGGACAAGCAUGUACUGCAAGGCGUCAGCUUCAAGAUUAGACAUGGUGAAGCUGUUGGAAUAAUCGGUCCUUCGGGAACUGGCAAAUCAACUAUUUUGAAGGUUAUGGCGGGCCUUCUAGCCCCUGAUAAGGGCGAGGUAUUCAUAUGCGGAAAGAAAAGACAGGGCUUAGUUAGUGAUGAGGAUAUAUCAGGUCUCCGGAUUGGCUUGGUAUUUCAAAGUGCGGCAUUGUUUGAUUCUCUCAAUGUUCGUGAAAACGUUGGAUUUCUUUUAUAUGAAAACUCCAAGUUGUCUGAGGAGCGAAUAGGUGCACUAGUGACGGAAACAUUGGCUGCAGUAGGCCUAAAAGGUGUCGAGGAGCGAAUGCCAUCUGAAUUAUCCGGAGGCAUGAAAAAGCGUGUAGCCCUUGCUCGUUCAAUAAUAAAUGAUGACACAAAAGAAACAAUAGAGCCAGAGGUUCUUUUAUACGAUGAACCUACAGCUGGGCUUGACCCUAUAGCAUCCACUGUCGUUGAAGACCUUAUACGUUCCAUGCACGUGACAGGGAAAGAUGCUAUGGGUAAGCCAGGAAAGAUAGCAUCGUAUGCGGUUGUCACUCAUCAGCAUAGCACAAUAAGAAGAGCUGUUGAUAGGUUGUUGUUUCUCCAUGAGGGAAAGAUAGUUUGGGAAGGGAUGACAGAAGAAUUCAUGACAUCAACAAAUCCCAUUGUACAGCAGUUUGCCUCUGGCAGCCUGGAUGGUCCAAUUCGAUACUUCUGA